AUGGACGAUGAUGAUGAUGAGCCUCUUGAGUCUGAGGCCAAAGAUGAGGCCUCAUUAGCGCCUCACAGCAGCGAUGACACCCUCUACUGCGAAGCCGAAGCCCCCCCAAGCGUUGAGAAAGAGAAACCCACCCAGGAGGAUUCAGAAACCGACUUGGAAAUUGAAGACACAGAGAAAUUCUUCACCAUCGGACAGAAGGAGCUGUACCUGGAGGCCUGCAAACUAGUAGGCGUAGUGCCCGCCUCCUACUUCAUCCGGAACAUGGAGGAGCCCUACAUGAACCUCAACCAUCAUGGGCUGGGCCCCAAGGGCACCAAGGCCAUCGCUAUAACUCUGGUGUCCAACACGACGAUCCUCAAACUGGAGCUGGAAGACAACUCCAUCAUGGACGAGGGCAUCCUGAGUCUGAUGGAGAUGCUGCAGGAGAACUACUACCUACAGGAGCUGAACGUGUCUGACAACGACCUUGGUAUAGACGGAGCCAGGAUCAUCUCAGAUUUCCUCCAGGAAAACAACUCCUCGCUCUGGAAACUGAAACUUUCAGGAAACAACUUCAAGGAAGAAUCUGCUGCACUUUUAUGCCAAGCCCUGUCGUCCAAUUACCGAAUUCGGUCACUGAACCUCAGCCACAACCAAUUCUCUGAUGUAGGAGGGGAGUACCUGGGACAGAUGCUAGCCCUCAACGUAGGGCUCCAGUCGCUGAACCUGAGCUGGAAUCACUUCCACACUCGGGCAGCUUUGGCCCUGUGUAACGGUCUCCGGUCUAACGUGACCCUGAAGAAACUGGAUGUCUCCAUGAACGGCUUCGGGAACGAAGGAGCUCAGGCCCUGGCGGACGUCCUCAGACUCAACAGCUGUCUAGUCUACAUAGAUGUCAGUGGAAAUGGCAUCACCAAUGAGGGAGCCUCCAGAAUCAGCAAGGGCCUGGAGGUCAAUGAAAGCCUCCAAGUGAUGAAGCUUUUCCUGAACCCGAUGAGUAUGGAGGGGGCAGUGCAUCUUAUCCUGUCCAUCAAGAGGAACCCCAAAUCCAGGAUGGAAGAGCUUGACAUCUCUAACGUUCUGGUAACAGAGCAGUUUGUAAGAGUCCUGGAUGGGGUCUGUGCCCUUCACCCCCAGCUGGACGUGGUAUACAAGGGAUUACAGGGUCUCUCCAGCAAGAGAACCACCUCUCUGUGGACCAACCCCAUGAAACUGAUCCAGAACUACACAGACCAACAGAAGAUCUCAAUUGUGGAGUUCUUCAAGAACUUGAAUCCAUCGCAAUCAAUGACCAUGCCUGUGGGGGAGUUCCGGAAAGCCAUGAUACAGCAAAACAAGGUCCCCAUCAACCGGUACCAGGUCAGGGAGCUCAUAAAGAAGCUGAACGAGAAGAACGGUGUGGUGGACUUCAGCUCACUGACGUAG